UGUCCCGACCCGCGGCGGGAGCGCGGCCGGCGGUGCCGAUGGAGGCCGGCGCUGAGGCGGAGCCGCUGCUGCCCCCGCGGCGCUGGCGGGCGGCCCGCGGGCUGUGGGGGGCGGGCGGCGCUGCCCGCCGGGCCGAGCACGGUGCUGGAGCUGAUAAUGACCUUUACAUAAACCAAGCUGUAGUAUUUAUUGAAGAUGCAAUACAGUAUCGAUCCAUAAAUCACCGUGUGGACUCCAGAUCCCUGUGGCUUUAUCGAUGGUACUAUUCAAGGACCUGCCAGUGGAUUUUGAGUUUAACCAUCACUGUGAUCCUGGCUUUGGCUUUCGUUGAAGAGCCUUCUUCGCUCACUGUCACGUCGGACGUGCGGUACCGCCUUCCCCCUUGGAAUCCUCCCUGUGGCCUGACAGAGAGCUUGGAGCUGCUCUGCUUCCUGGUGUUUGUGGCUGAUGUGUCCGUGAAGAGUUACUUAAUUGGAUGGAAAGAAUUUUGGAAAAACAAAUGGCUAAUGGCUUAUAUACUGACAUUAACUGUCUCCCUGAUGGAUUGGAUUGUCUCGCUGAGUUUUUCCUGCAGGGAGAGUUUGAGAAUAAGAAGAAUUCUUCGCCCGUUCUUUCUCCUUCAGAACUCUUCCAUGAUGAAGAAAACGUUAAAAAGUAUCAACAGCACAUUGCCUGAAAUGGCAAGUGUUGUUCUGCUGCUGGCUGUUCACCUGUCUCUCUUCACCAUGUUUGCCAUGUUGCUGUUUGCUCGAACAAAGGAUAACCAGCAGGAUAAGGAGUGGGUGGUGUAUUUCCGGAAUCUGCCGGAUUCACUGACAUCCCUGCUGGUCCUGCUGACUACUGCAAAUAAUCCUGAUGUGAUGAUUCCUGCAUAUUCCAAGAAUCGAGCGUAUUCCAUCUUCUUCAUCCUCUUCACUGUGCUAGGCAACUUGUUUCUGAUGAACUUGCUCACAGCAAUAAUAUACAACCAGUUUCGAGGAUACCUCCUGAAAUCAGUUCAGUCCUCCCUCUUCAGGAGACGGCUGGGAAUCCGGGCUGCCUUCGAAGUGCUUUCUACCCUGAAAGAGACUCCUGCCAGUGCCCAACAGUCCUAUGUCAGCACUGGGGCCUUACAACAAGUGCUGCAGAAAGUUGAGAUGGAUUCUCGCUGCAAACAAGCCAUCCUGAGAUCGCUCAAAAUGUGCUCCUGUGACCAACUGUCAGCUGCCCAGUUCCAGAAGCUCUUUGAAGAACUAGACAAAGAUGCCAUUAAGCAACAUCCUCCCAGUCCAGAGUACCAGUCUCAUUUUAUGCAGAAAUUGCAGUUUGCCUUUGGCCAUCCCUACUUUGGUUACUUGGGGAAUGUGGUAGCCCUUGCAAACAUUAUUUCUAUCUGUGUGGUUUUGGUGAUGGAUGCAGAUAAACAGCCUUCUGAAAGAGAUGACUUCUUCCUGGGGGCCAUCAACUGCUUCUUCAUCCUGUACUAUCUACUGGAAAUGUUGCUGAAAAUCUUAGCAAUGGGCUUGAGAAGAUACCUGUCUUACCCAAGCAAUAGAUUUGAUGGACUUCUGACUGUAAUUUUGCUGAUUUUGGAGAUUUCAACUUUUGCUGUGUAUGGAUUUCCUCAUCCUGGCUGGAGACCUGAGUUCAUGGGCUUAUUAUCCCUGUGGGAUAUGGUGCGAUUGGUGAACAUGCUGAUCGUGUUCCGCUUUCUGCGGAUCAUCCCCAACAUGAAGUUCAUGGCUUUGGUUGUCACUACGUUGCUGGAUCUGGUAAAAAACUUAAGAGCCUUUGCAGGAAUCCUUGUGGUGGUUUUCUAUGCAUUUGCUAUAACUGGCAUAAUGCUAUUUCAAGGUGCUGUCGUUCCCUUGGGAAAUACCAGUGCUGCCAACACCACCUUUGAUAACAGCACCUUGCAGUGUGGGACCUACGAGCAGCUGGAAUAUUGGCCCAACAACUUCGAUGACUUCGCUGCAGCAGUGGUGACCCUCUGGGAUGUGAUGGUGGUGAACAACUGGCAGGUCUUUUUGGAUGCCUUUUCAAGAUAUUCCAGUCCGUGGGCAAAGGUCUAUUUUGUAGCCUGGUGGUUGAUCUCCUCUGUCAUCUGGGUGAAUCUCUUCGUAGCUUUACUUCUGGAGAACUUUAUUCACAAGUGGGACCGUCGCUGUCAUCGAGAGUCUCUUUCGGAUAUUGAAUACCAGAGGACAGUGGAAUUAAUGUUCAGAGAUGUUUUGGAAGAACCUACAGAGGAGGAGUUGAUGGAAAAGCUGCACCAGCACCCACACCUGCAGUUAUGUAGGUGACUGGUGGGGAGGACUGAUUUGUUUAGACCUCUGUUUUCUUGAGGUUGUCUGCUGGAAGAUAACUGAAUGGAUUUUCUGUGAGAUGCUGUUUAGGAAGAGGGGCUUGUAAGACAGCAUGUGAGGUUUUGCUUGGCAAUUCUCUGCAGAAAGUGUUUUUUAUUAUUUUUGGGUUCGUAUCUUUUUUGCAAAAGGUUUGAACCUUGCUUUUUUGCAAAAGGUUUGAACCUUGCUAACUUGACUUGAUUUUAAGUUGCAGUUUUAGAGGAGUCUUGCAGCCGUUAUUUUUAUAGACUGUUGAUAUCGGAAUAUGUUUUAUUUUCUUUUUUAAGAGGGAACGUGUGUUUAAAAUGACAGAGCACUUUAAAACAUGAACUUUAUAACCACUAAGCCUGCUACUUUCUUCAGCACAGGAAAAUGGAACUGCCUUUUCUGGCAAUGUGGCAAGGGCUAUGCCCUGCAAGUCAUGAAUGGAUUAGGCAGGACCGGAACAGAAUCCUUAAUCUUUUUGUAGUGAGAGUUGAAACACUAUUUUUGCUGUAAUGUGACACCAGCGUAUGUCACUGGAUUUUCAGGAGUUAAUCACGUUGGAACACAAUCUAUUUCAGCUCAGGAACAGGGGCUGCCUGCUUGGCACAUCCUCUGGUUUCCUUUGCUUUUGAUCAAGAGUUGGUGCUGGUUGUGCCGUGCCAGUCACUGUGAGAGCAGCUCCAACUGCGACUGGAGCAAUUGCACUCGUGGUUUUCCAGGUGGUAAAACUGAGCUCUUCUGGACUCAAUAUUCUCAGGCUGCUUUUUAGUGAACCUCUUCCUUUUACUUUGCUGUCUCACGUUCCAUGAAAAAGCUGAACUUUGGCCGGAAUGUUGCGCCAUGAUCGCUGCCAGUCUCCCACUUAAAAGGGAGGGAAGAAGAGGGAGGGAGGGGGGAAAAAAAGGUUGAAUGGGAUAAUCAAAGUGCUCAGCAGUUCAAAUUUUAGUUCAAGUCUGUGGGAAUAGAAGGUGCUCAACCAGUAUUGCAGGAUCACAAGCUUUUAUGGCUUAAUGACCCCACGCUCUAUAUCGCUGAUUUUCACCCAGGUAAAACUUUUUUGGGUAAGUAUAAUUUUGUCAACAAACCUGAAGUGGAGAAUCCACGUCAGUGUGCUUUUCACUGUCCCUCAGUAUUCCUCUGAAAAGGUGAUUUUGUUUGAAUCUUUGUCCAGUGAAUUGCUAUGAAGGUCAGAACGAAUCCCAGCUGCUGUUUUUUAGAUGUAAAAAUGAAACUGCUCUUUGAGGUGCUGCCUUCUCACCUUGUCACCAAAACAGACGUUGUUGUGGUCACCCCUGCAGGUGACCCCAAGGGCUUGGGGAGGGUAAUUUGCCAUAAAACACUGCUACUGUUUAUAAGUGAUUUGAUUCUUUUUUUAGAGAAACAGUUUUCAAAAGUGCCAAGCAAUCGUCCUGUAUACUUUUCUCCUUCUUUUUAACUCAUUAGCCUUUCUUUCUGUCCUGCACGAGGGAGAGGAAACUAUCCAGGAUGGUGGUGCAUUUUCACUCAGAAGCUUAUUUUUGCCUUGUUGUCUCACUGUUCAGAAGUGGCUUAAAUAUUCUUAUCUGUCUGUUUCUUUAUCUUUUUGCUUGUAUUUUUGUUUUUGCUGUGGAGUAAAAUGUGUCGUAGCUUUUAUAUGUGUAGAACAAACCUGAACUGAUUUCUGGGCUAAUCCUGCAAUCUUUCUUUGCUUUUGUAAUCUUGCAUCUUAAGCCAGGCCCUUGUCUGUGCUCAGUCUCUUGUCUCUCUUCCAGAUUAAGCUCCCCAGGAACUCACUUGCACUGGUUCCAGUGGCAUCACUGUGCUUAUUUUCAGUCAUGCACUUAAAAAACACUCAUCAUGGCAGGCUGAUAAAGGCAUCAGCACUGUUUUUUCUAGGUUUGAGUUUGCUCUCUUUUCCAGUAUGGCUUUAUUGUCAGGAUGGUUUCUGCUCCUUCUGGCAUGAUGUAUAAUCACUUCCACCAGUUUAUUGGCACUUAUCGCACAGUGGUUAAAUGGUUAAUUUUACCUUUUUACUGAAAAUAAAAAGUUAUCUUUUUUUCCACUCUUCUGAAUACUUGAAGUAGCUUUGCCUUGCCAAAAAAAGAAGUGUCCAGUUCUUACCAGUUUAAUUAAUUUUUUGGCCUCCUAAGCUUUUUGGGUUUGUUUUCUUUUUGUUUGCUUUUGGUUUGUGUUGUGUUUUUUUUUUGCCAUUACAUUCCACUACAAUCUACCAAAGCAACACAAAUCGGUGUAGGAUUAUCAUAAACAAAACAACUGUCUCCAUUAUGCUUUCUUUGCAUCUGGACAAUGUGAAGAAGGCAUUCUGAAGGGAGUAGUCUGUCUUAUUCUUGUUUUCACAUUGGUGUAAUUGCCUGAAAGGGUGACUAGAAUUUAAUACAAAAUUGUGCUACCUAAUGUCACUUGAACUGGAAGAUGUAAAUGACCACAUUAUGCAAUAACUGUAUAAAUCAUGCAAAUGACUGUACAUAAUCGGGUAUUACUUGAGGAUGGCAUUAUUAAAAAGAGUUUUUCUCAAACCAUGGAAAUAACUGGGGUGUUGAAAUGGUUCUUGUGGUUUGUUCCUUGCCUUUCCCUUGCUACUGGUUUCUGCAGUGCUCAGCAUCUCUGCUCCCAUUGUCUCUGCUGGUUAAAGGCUGGGCCCGUGGAGGAGGUUACCUGCAAGUGGGACAUAUCUGCCUGGUUUCAAAAUGCAGCACCUAAAGGAUGCUGCCCUGUUCUUCUCCAGCUCUAGAGGCACAGAGUAUCAUCUGUAGAGGUACUUGGCACACUGAAUUUUUAAGGUGAAACCUCACUGGAACUGAGCAUCGAGGGCACUGAGCGUUUUGAUUUUCAUUUGUGCUUCAGCCUCUGCAAACCAGGUAUCCCUUCAUCUCUUCCUGGAGAGAUCAGUGCCAAAAGCAUUCUGCCAGCAUUUCACCUGGAGCAGAUUUUGCACGUGAUUUAGCAGAGUUCGUGGCAUUCCUUUGGAACAGGUUCUGAUUUAGAAGAUGGUGGAUUUUCUUAAGGGCGGAACAAAAUCAAUUCUGGGUCAGGCUGAUGUCUCUGGCUGCAGUUGUUGUGCAGAUUCUCAGGUGAAACAUGUGAAAGCCAAAGCACAGAGAAGAUCAUCUUGUGUUACUAAACUGGGAUCAGAUUUUUCUGGCUUCUGAAGGAGGACCUUAAUCACCUAAUUAAGGCUAAUUUGAGAUUCCUCAGCUAUUUUAUUUUUCCUUCUUGAUUUACUAUGAAUUUUUUUGUUGCUUAAAGGUUUAGGAUAAGGAGGGAGAGGGUGGAUGCAAUUGAAGUGUUCCUGAUUCUUUUAGUAAAAAUACAGAAAUGCAGUGAUAAACCUCACAAGCACCAUUAACUGUGAAGUAAAGUGGUCGAGCUGCAAACAGGCAGCUGGAAUAACUUAGGAAUUACAGACAAAGGAAGAAAUACUGUCUUGAGUGUCAAAGGGUUUAUAUGAAUAUAUGACAAGUGCUUUCAUGGCCUCUUUUGGGGUUAUGUGUAACCUCUGCUGACACAUUUUGGGGAACGUUGCUUUUUAUCCCUCCAGCACUUCUUACUGUGCACAAAAAAAACCAGGGACAUAAAAAACCAUAGGAUAAAGUAGUUCCUGUGGGAAAGUGAUGCAGGGUAUAGAUUAAUUAACUCUCAUAUGUGAGGUAAAUGUGUCUGUUACCCUGGUAGAUGGUUUAUCUUUGCACCAGCCUGUAUAUUAAGAGUAGUACACACAGCCUUUUGCUACUGUUUAACAUUGUGCUUUAGUCAGGUGAAGUAAUUCCAGAGCUCUGUCUUGGGUUUAUAUUGAAAACAAAAAUAAAAAUAGGUGUU